AUGCAUCGACGUUUUGCUGAGCUGGAGCCAUCUGUAACCGUCACCGAACAAAACCUGGCAGACCGAGUUCGGUAUAUCUUGCGCUCAAAUACAUUUGAUGUUACGGAACUCGAACGGCUACGACGUGAGGCUGUUCCUUCAUCGGCUGAAAAUGCUGCGGCUGAGGAUGCGGCGCCACAACUUGCUGAGCAAACGGCAGAUGUAGAUGCCGCCGUGAACACGCCAGUUGUGGUUGAUUCAGACGAUGAUGGAACAGUCGCCCAGGAACUGGAACUAGAGCAAAUGAGGAGUACAUUGGAAGAGGCGAUUGUGGAAACGCGCAGUAUGAAAAUCGACCGCGACUUCCCCGCUUAG